AUGGCUCUGAGAGGCUUAAAGAAACUAGCAUACCCCCUGCUCCCAGUGAGAGGAAAUAUUUUAGAUCCUCUAGGAAAAUUUCAGCAGAAUUUAUACGGUGGUUCGAAAGUUGAAGUUGGACAUAACAAGAUCCCAAAAUUCGGUCAUAAGACAAAGCGAACAUGGACUCCCAAUGCUCACUUCAAAUGGCUUUACUCUGAAACUCUCCAAGAAAGAUUUCAUUUACUAGUCACCACUAAGGUAUUGCGUACAAUUGACAAAGAGGGAGGAUUUGACCAAUACUUGAUUAAAUCGACGCCCGGAAGACUAAAGACGCUUGGUAUGCGAGGUACUGAGUUAAGGGCUCUUGUGAUGCAUAAAAAGGGCGUCCAAAACCCUGUGAUUGAAGAACUUCCUAAGGACGAGGAAGCUCAACGUCGCUACUUGGCGAAAGUACGCGAAGUUGUUUUGAAAUUGAACCGAAGCAAAAAGCUUUAUCAUCGAAUUAAGAGUCUUGUUGGUCAAGAAAAAUCUGGAUCUGUUGCUUAA